AUUGUCAGAAAGAUCUUUUAGUGUUUGGGAUUCUAUAGAUGUAGACCGGUGGUAUGUUUUUCGCUAGAACUGAGUUGGAUAUUAAUUAUGGGUGUUUUUAAAUUAAUAGUAGCGUUGUCUACUAUUAUAGCAACAAUCUCGACACUACCUUUGAGAAGUCAGACAUCACAUGAUUUAAUCGAAGAAAAUUUGAAAACGCAAGAAGAUUCAUUUACGAAUUUUAUAAUUCCCGAACAAACAAAUAUUAUUUUAGAAGAUGGACAUGAAAAUCGGAUCACAAGAAGAGUUAGCUCAACUAAAGAAACUGAAGAAGAUGAUGGAAUACAGUUGAGGAAUCUUGAAUCCAGCUCUAGGAACAAUCUAAGACCUGAUAUGACUGCAACAAGAUAUGAUAUUAAACUAACACCUAACAUAGGUGGUGGAACUUUUGCUGGGAUUGCGAGGAUUUCGGUGCAAGUUACUGAUGCCACGAUAGGAGAUGCUGUAAAGUUUCACUUUGAAGGUUUAACGGUAUCAUCCGUUAAAAGAAUUUCUGGUGGUACAUCAUCUGAUAUCAAUAAUGUAAACACUGAGGACGGGGUAAUAGAAAUUGAUACUGGUGUAGAAUCGACGUUACACGAUUUUGAAAUACAGUAUACGGGAACGUUAGCCUCAGCUGGAAUUGGAUUCUAUACAGGUGCCUAUGACGGAGAUUCAUAUGUGGCUAUGAAUCUUCACCCAACAAAUGCUCGACGGGUCUUCCCUUGUAUUGAUGAGCCUAAUAUACAAACGACAAUUUCGCUUACAUUCGCUGGACUUAAUUCAUACAAUCAUGUUAUAGCUAACUCCAAACGAUUAGCAGAGCAACCGAAUGCAAACGAACUUCAAUUCGAACCAUUACCAGGAACCCCUCAUCUUUGGGGUAUGAUAGCUCACAAUAUGAAUGCAGCCAACUUACCAACAUCACGAGUCAUCGUAUAUACGCGACCAGGCCGUAAUAGCGGAGACCAGCAGUCAAACGUGGCUAUAAGUAGUUAUUUUAACUUCUUCAAUAAUUUCACCGGGAAACCAUACGAGAAUAUAAUUGCCAAUCAGCAAGGCGAAUUGCAUAUAAUGGCUUUACCGGACGUUGAUCGCGAUUGGUAUGCGUUAUCGACAAUGGCGAUCUGGGAACCUUACAUCGUUAUAGAAGUGUCGGCAUCCGCCAAACAAAAGCAAAUUGGUUUCGUUGAAAUUGCCCAAGCAAUGGCAAGACAAUGGUUUGGAUAUGUCCUGGCUCCCACCAACUGGAGACAUCAAUGGGUUAUCACUGGCUUAGGUCGGUACACUGCAUAUGAGGCAGCUAGAGCGCUGGAGUCAAACCCUGACGAAAUAGCACGAAUAGAUAUGGACCAUGUCUUUGUAAGCGAUGUCAUUCAAGAGAGUUUACUAUACGAUUCAUACACGAAUGCCCUACCCUUACAAAUUAGUGCAGAUAUUUAUGAUGAAGAUGCUAUAAGAAACCAUAUCAAUGGCUUGCUCAAAACAAAAGCUCCAGCUAUCAUGAGAAUGUUGAGCUUAGUUCUCUCGCAAAACUCUGAAGUUGAUUACAUCCGCAACGCGGCAGCCACACUUUUUAAUACGGCGUCUUUAUCCAAUGUCAACUCCCGCAACUUUUAUGAUACACUUUCUACUGUUUGGGGUCAAGCUACACCUCUUAUAAACAAUGUCAUCGACUUUAUUGAACCGUGGAUUUUGAACAAUAAUUACCCUGUCGUUCGCAUUGAACAGCGGCAGGGUAGUGGUGUGAUUGUGACUCAGGAACGUUUUGGAUUUGCAUCUCGACCCCAAAUGAACUUCAUGAUACCAUUGAGUUUUACAACCCGAGUCAACCCCGAUUUUAACAAUAUUUAUCCAACUCAUUUGUUGGAGGCUUCAACAACCAUUUCUAUGGACCUUGGAGACGAGGACUGGGUUAUAUUUAAUGUUCAGGGUCAAGGUUAUUAUAGAGUCAAUUACGAUAAUGAAUUAUGGGAGAGGAUUAUAGAGGCUUUGGAAGACGAAGAACAACGCAAUAUUAUUCAUCCAAUCAACCGAGCUACCAUACUUGAUGACGCUCUUAAUUUGGCGAGAUCUGGAAGGGUAGAAUACUCUAUUGCGCUGCGAAUUGUUUUAACGCUAAAUCUUGAGACGGAGUAUGUUGUAUGGAAAGCAUUUGAUAGAAACAUGCACAUAUUGAGAAAUCAUCUCGAGGCACUUGUUGAUGGCGAUGAAGACUUGGAUCAAGAUAUCUAUCAGAGAGUCAUUCGUCGAAUAAUGAUGACAGCAGAGACUGAUCUAACAUUUACCCCCGAGUUAAACGUGAAUGAACGAGCUAUGCGAUCCCUGUCUCGAGGUCUGAUUAUGGAUAUUUCUUGUCGUGGAGGCUAUGAGCCUUGUAUUGCUGCAGCAGUUGACUUGUUUAGAAAUCCUACAGAUAAUACGGUUGUAAAUCCUAAUAUCCCUGCUGAUCUACACCCAGCGGUGUUCUGUACAAAUGUGAUGACUGGUGGAGAAGAAGAGAGGGAGCUACUCGAAGCUUAUUUGACUACUAUAAACAACCAGUAUGAGAGAGUCGUUGUACUCGAAUCACUGGCUUGUUCGCGCGAUGAUGCAUUUAUACAAUCCUAUCUAGCACAAGUUGCAGCAGAUAACAGUCCAUAUAAUAGUGAAGAGAAAACGCGAAUUAUUAUUGCAAUCAUCAAAUCCCACUUCCAGAAUGCAAAACGAGCAUUAGAUUUUAUAUCAAGGAACACGGCACAGAUAAGGAAUGCACUGGGAGGACCCGAGAAAUUGGAAGAAAUUUUAUACGCUUUGUCAAGAAAUAUUGCUAAUGGUGACAUGACAACUGAUUUCACAAAUUGGGUCAACUCCCUCCAUAGCAACCUGGACACGUCCUUGGUUAUCGCAGAAAGGCUUAGGGAUCAGGUGCAACAAGAUAUGGAUUGGAAUAGAGUAUAUUUGAACACUGUUUACGAAUGGAUAGAUGAAAACGAUGCACCUACCCUAGUAGGCUCUAUAGUUUUAUUAAGUCUAUCAGUUUUGAUGGCUUUAUUUAACUAACCAAUAUUAAUUAAUCAUAGAAUAUUUUUUUAAUCCUUAAAAUUUAGUUUAAUAGUUUAUUGGGGUGAAAAUUAUUUUUUAAAAUUUUACGUAGGUUAAAGAAAACACUAAACUAUUAAAAAGAUAGUUUAAUAGUUUUUCAAUUAAUAUAAGGCAAAAAAUGUUUGCCAGAUAUCGCAUCUAAGUUAUCUAAGUAACUAGAUUGUUUGAUUAAAGAAAAUAUUUUUAAUUUAUUAUUUUUGUACACGUCAUUAUUGCACAAAGUGAAUUAUAGUAAGUUUGAAUAAUUUUAAUUGUAUUUAAGAAAUAUAUUGUUAGGUAAGUUAUAAGUUUGGUGUAUGGGUAGU